AUGCAUAUGGAUUGCCCGUACAAUCAGACUCUGGAUCAACGACUAGAUUACUCAGAGAACAGAAUCGAUGAUGAAACAUUUUUGCAUUUCCAUGGUUAUUUGAUGGGCUCAUUUGCGAUUCUCGCCUUUGUUUUUACGCUGAUUUUUAUUGCCACAACAUUUCGAGCAAUGCGUCUUCAUCGUGGCUCUCGAAAAUACCGUGCCCUUUUGUUAAAUCGAGCAAUCGGCGAUUUAAUCGGUGCCUCUUCAGUCACCGCUUCAGCCAUUCUCACCGUUAUCUCACCGUCUGCAAACCGUGAUGCCGUUGCUCUGAUCGGAUGCUUUUUCUAUUCAACUUUUUGGAGUGCCUUUAUCUCGUACACGAGUCUCUCGUUGCUUAAACUCUACGCUGUGUUGCGACCUUUCUCAUAUCGUAAAGUGUUCACUUUCCGUAAAUGCAUCUACAUUAUUGCUGCUUGUUGGAUCAUUUUCAUUGCUUGCAUCUCGAUUUGUGCUGGAGUGGUGACCGUUCACUUACAAGUCCACUGGUUUACGGACCACAUGCAUGGAUUUCGAUACUUCUUCUCGACAUUCACUUGUUUUGACUACACUUUUACUAUCGUCAUUUUCAUCGUCACUGUGAUCGUUUUAAAGAAAGUUGAGAUGAAUGAGAAAAAUGCAAUGAAUAAUACUCGAGGAGAGUUUCGUAGAUCAGAUGGAGGCACGAGAUUUGGAAAAACAGGGUUUCCGCUUUGGAAAUUGGCGCUAAAUGUGUCCACUUUUGUCGUUUUUCAGGCUCCGCUCGUUAUUUGGAAUAUCUAUUUAUUCACUGUAACGGGAUGUUUCUCACUGUUUCACUAUGCUGAAAUGAUGAAAACACAAGCUUUUGUUGGUGGCACGAUUCUUCUGAGAAUGAUCACCGAUUUCAUUAUUUCUUUCAUCACAGAUUAUCAGCUUCGAAAAGUGUUUCUCGAUUGGAUCAGUGCUAUUCGGAGUCGUUUCCGAUCGUACCGCAGCAGUGAUCUUUCCGCCGUUUCAGAUUCUCACAAGAAAUUCACCACUAAACCGUCAACUUAU